AUACGGUCAUACUGUAUGCAGCCGGCGUUUGUUUUGGUGCAAUUUGUCUAAACUGUUUUUAGUUUUGUAUAAUUUAUAAGCGUCAAAAUGAAACGCCGCAGUCAAACAAAAGCGCUGGCGACCAAGGAAGCAGACAAGAAGGUCAAGGAAAAGGCGGGUGCACUCACCUUAGAUCAGUUCAGCUCUGAUGUUAUUUGGCAGCUAGCAUCGCAGUACUGGUCUCCCGAAUCCAAGGCCAAACAUCUGCCAUAUAAUGCUGAAAUCAUAGAGCGCAUAUAUGCUGACGAAAUAACGAGUGGAAAGGGCAGCGCACGUCGUAUUAAUAUGCUGGAAUUCAGCCAGUACCUGGAGCAGUAUUUGUGGCCCAAUUACAAGCGCGAGUCGGCUACACAUGCACACUUAAUGUCUAUCGUGAUCAUGUCUAAUGAAAAGUUUCGUGAGCGCGUCGAAGUUUGGAAUGUGUUCCAGCAGUUGCCGGAAGAGUACCCUGGAUUCUUUCGCCACGUGCUGGAGAGCUGUUUGCCCGACCAAACUUCAAAGCAAAAUAGGAGCACAUUGCGCGAACGGACGGCAUUGCUAAUGUUUCUGAAUCACUGUUUCAACAGCAUGGAAAUCGAGCUGUGUCGCGAACAAGCAAAGCGCCUCGUCUCCCUGUCAAUGUGGCAUUGCCUGCAACCGCGUCGUCGCGAACAAGAGCUGCGGGAGGUGCCUGAAUGGCGUAAAUACUGGAAACGCCUGCUGAAGAAGGAAAAGGAUAAUGCCAAGCCCGAUGUGAUGUGGGAACGUCACUUUAUGCAGAAUCUAAUCAUAGACUUUUUGCAUAUAUUGGAACGGAUUCCUUCGGAAGGUGAACUCAAUAGUAAUGUAGUUCAUUACUGCGAGCGCUUUUUGGAGUUCAUCAUCGAUUUGGAAGCUCUGUUGCCCACGCGUCGCUUCUUUAAUACCGUGCUGGAUGACUGCCAUCUGAUUGUACGGGCAAUGAUGAGUCCGUUGAUGCAGCGGGAAGAGGGCAAACUGUUUUGUCAGCUGUUAGAUAUGCUUAAAUUUUACACCCGUUUCGAAAUCAAUGAUGUAACGGGAAACUCUUUAACUGAUCAUGACAUGACCCAACUACACUAUAAAAAGAUUACGUCGCUGCAGCGUGCGGUGUUUGCCAAGUUCUCUACGCUGCGCGUCUUUGCGUUGUCCAAUGUUGCUACAGUGGACACUCGUGACUCGCUAGAGAAACAUUUUGGCGCAUUGGAUGCAGAUGGGCUAAAGCAAAUUGCCUCCUUUCUCAAUCUUGUGCCCGAUGAUGCGGUGGAGCCAUUCGAAUGGCAUCGCUUGGAUGAACAGUUUCUGCGCGAGUUGCUCAUCACGAGACAUGAGAAACGAUGUUCGCAGCUGGAGGCGCUGAAUGAGAUGCCGCUCUAUCCCACAGAGCAGAUAAUUUGGGACGAAAAUGUUGUGCCUUCCGAGUAUUACACUGGGGACACUUGUCUGGCUCUGCCCAAGCUAAAUCUGCAGUUCCUCACGCUGCACGAUUAUCUGCUCCGCAACUUUAAUCUGUUUCGACUGGAAUCCACCUACGAGAUACGACAAGAUGUUGAGGAUGCCGUUAGUCGCAUGCUACCGUGGCAGUCAGAAGAUGGUGAUGUCGUCUUUGGUGGCUGGGCACGCAUGGCGUUGCCUAUCGCCAGCUUCGCUGUGGUCGAGGUGGCCAAACCGCAUCUGGGCGAGAAGAAACCAUCGCGAGUGCGUGCUGAUGUAGGAGUAACACUCUCAGUGCGGCGGGAGAUCAAGGAGGAAUGGGAGAAUCUGCGGAAACACGACGUCUGCUUCCUUAUCACUGUCAAGCCCACGACGCCCUACGGUACCAAGUACAAUCCAAGGGAACCGUUCAUACCCCAAGUGGGUUUGGUUAGCGUGCGCGGCUGCGAAGUGGAGGGCAUGCUCGACGCUAACGGACGUGUCAUAGAGGACGGACCAGAACCGCGGCCCCUACUGCCGGGCGAACAGCGUAGCUAUCGAGUGUGGCUGGACUCGAAUCAGUAUCGCAUGGACAUGGACGACUUGCAAGAGGGAGCUGACGAUGUUUAUGAGAGCUUCAAUAUUUUUAUGCGUCGCAAGCCAAAAGAGAACAAUUUUAAAGCCGUGCUGGAAACCAUUCGUCAUCUUAUGAAUACAGAGUGUGUGGUACCUCCCUGGUUGCACGAUAUACUGCUAGGCUACGGCGAUCCUGCGGCGGCGCACUACAGCAACAUGCCUAAUCAAGAACGCUGUCUCGAGUUCAAUGACACCUUUCUUGACUAUGACCACCUGAAAGCCAGCUUUCCCGAUUACGACCUCAAGUGCGAAGCAGCCGAGGAAAACAGGCGACCACCCUAUCGUCUCAUAUUUGAGGACGUGGCUGAACAGCGAGACAGUGAUGCGGAGGAAAUGCAAACAGAUCAGCCGGUAACCUCCAAGUCAAUUGUGGUGCAGCCUUAUAAAUACGAGGCAAGAGGUCCCUAUCCAAGCGACAAACCCAAACAGAAUAGCAUACGCUUUACGCCUACACAGAUCGAAGCGAUACGCGCUGGAAUGCAGCCGGGUCUUACGUUGGUGGUUGGACCUCCUGGCACGGGAAAAACAGAUGUCGCCGUGCAAAUUAUCUCAAACAUUUACCACAAUCAGCCCAAUCAACGUACGCUAAUUGUAACGCACUCCAAUCAGGCUUUGAAUCAGCUGUUCGAGAAGAUUAUGGCCCUUGAUAUUGAUGAGCGGCAUUUGCUACGUCUGGGUCAUGGUGAGGAAGCGCUCGAAACCGAGAAGGACUACAGUCGCUAUGGUCGCGUUAAUUAUGUGCUGGCCAAGCGCAUGGACUUACUCACCCAAGUUCAGCGACUGCAGGAGGCACUGGGUGUCAGUGGCGACAACGCGUACACCUGCGAGACGGCGGGCUACUUUUACCUGUAUAAUGUGAUGGCGCGUUGGGAGAAGUUUCAAAGCCAAAUGCUGGCACGUAAUAAUGAAACAGAUAUGGACAAGCUGUCAGCGCUGUUCGAAGCUGAAUUUCCGUUUUCCAAGUUCUUUGCCGAUGCGCCACAGCCACUCUUUAAAGGAAACAGCUUUGAUGAUCUUAUGAGCAUAGCCCAAUCAAACUUCCGCUAUAUCUCUGACAUAUUUACGGAACUGGAGGAGUUCCGUGCCUUUGAGCUACUGCGCACAGGCUUAGAUCGCUCUAAAUAUUUGCUUGUUAAAGAGGCCAAAAUCAUUGCCAUGACUUGCACGCAUGCAGCGCUCAAACGCAAAGAGCUUGUAAAUUUGGGCUUUCGAUAUGACAACAUUUUGAUGGAAGAAUCGGCGCAAAUCUUGGAAAUAGAGACAUUUAUACCACUACUGCUGCAGAAUCCGCUGGACGGUCUCAAUCGCCUGAAACGCUGGAUUAUGAUUGGGGAUCAUCACCAGUUGCCGCCCGUCAUCAAGAACAUGGCGUUCCAAAAAUACUCGAACAUGGAGCAGAGUCUGUUCACACGUUUGGUGCGAUUGGGCGUACCCACCGUAGAUUUAGAUGGCCAGGGACGUGCGCGUUCCAGCAUUUGCUCAUUGUAUAAAUGGCGCUACAAGAAACUGGCAGAUCUGCAACACAUAUUCGAACGUGAAGAGUACAAAAACGCAAAUACGGGAUUAGCCUACGAUUAUCAGCUAAUUAACGUGGAUGAUUUCAAGGGUGUGGGCGAAAGUGAACCGAAUCCUUAUUUCUAUCAGAAUCUUGCUGAGGCUGAGUACAUCGUUGCACUUUACAUGUACAUGCGUCUUCUUGGCUAUCCAGCUGCGAAGAUAUCAAUUCUGACGACCUACAAUGGCCAGAAGCAUCUCAUACGCGAUGUUAUUAAUGCUCGAUGCGGCAACAAUCCACUCAUUGGUUGGCCACAUAAGAUUACAACCGUGGACAAGUACCAGGGCCAGCAAAAUGAUUAUAUCCUAAUUUCCCUUGUGCGCACUAAGGCUGUUGGCCAUUUGCGAGAUGUGCGGCGUUUGGUCGUAGCCAUGAGCCGUGCACGUCUCGGACUAUAUAUCUUUGGACGCAUAUCGUUGUUUAAGAACUGCCUGGAAUUGCAGCAAACGUUUAAGCUGCUCAUGCAGCGCCCAUUAAAGUUGCGCCUGGUGCCAUCAGAGGAAUAUCCAACAAAACGACUUACCAGCGAACCGGCCUCCGAUGAUAUUUGUAAAACAGUGGAAAACAUGUCUGAGAUGGCACAAUUUGUCUAUGAGCUUUAUAUGACUAAAAUGGAACACCUUAAGAAGACGCUGCCCACCGAGGAAGAAAUGCAAGCAAUGCGCCGCCAGCUGCCAACUGACGAUGGGGAUGAAUAUGAUAACGAAGUGCCAACAAAUGCAACUGAAGAGAAUGAAGAGCCCCCACAGAAAAGGGCAGCAAAAGAAACUACUAAAAACGCGUCAGAGGCUUUUAAGCCCACACCAAUUCUUAACGAGAUCAACGUGGAUGAGCCUGAAAUGGAGCAAGAACAGGAAGCGCCUGACCAAGAGGUUAACACACCCACUACAGAUCAGGAAACUAGUGAAACUAAACCGGAAUCUUCUUAGC